AUGCUCCACCUCCCCGGCGCGGCGGGCGAGACGGGCCGGUGGUGCGCCCUCGGCGGACUGGAGAGGCCUCGGGAUCCCACCUCGGCCGGCGAGCAGCGCCGGCCUUCACCUUCAUUGCGCCACGGCGGCUUUCACGGGUCGGGUGGGUGGCCGACAUCGCCGCUGACCCCGUGCGCUCGCUUCGCUGUGCUUUGGUCACGGCGUGGCGCCUGGAAACCCCCCGGGCCCGACGGCGCGACCCGCCCGGGGCGCACUGGGGACAGUCCGCCCCGCCCCCCCGCGCACCCCGUCGCCGGGGGCGGGGGGGGUGGGGGAGCGGUCGCGCCGUGGGAGGGGCGGCCCGGCCCCCCCGACACCGGCGCGCCCCCGCGGGGGGGACCCCCUCGCGGGAGAGCCCCCGCGGGGGUGGGCGCCGGGAGGGGGGAGAGCGCGGCGACGGUCUGCUCCCUCGGCCCCGGGAUUCGGCGAGCGCUGCUGCCGGGGGGCUGUAACACUCGGGGGGUGGGCCCGCCCCCCGAAGAGAGCGGGGCCCCCCGAGCCACCUUCCCCACCGGCCUUCCCAGCCGUCCCGGAGCCGGUCGCGGCGCACCGCCGCGGUGGAAAUGCGCCCGGCGGCGGCCGGUCGCCGGCCGGGGGGCGGUCCCCCGCCGACCCCACCCCCGGCCCCGCCCGCCCACCCCCACACCCGCCGGAGCCCCCCUCCGGGGAGGAGGGACGACGGGGGAGGGAGGGCGGGUGGAGGGGUCGGGAGGAACGGGGGGCGGGAAAGAUCCGCCGGACCACCGGCACGGCCGGACCCGCCGCCGGGUUGAAUCCUCCGGGCGGACUGCGCGGACCCCACCCGUUUACCUCUUAACGCAACCCGACUCCGGGAAGACCCGGGCCCGGCGCGCCGGGGGCCGCUACCGGCCUCACACCGUCCACGGGCUGGGCCUCGAUCAGAAGGACUUGGGCCCCCCACGAGCGGCGCCGGGGAGUGGGUCUUCCCGGGUCGCCACGUCUGAUCUGAGGUCGCGUCUCGGAGGGCGCGCCGCGCGGGCGCGACAGGGGCGCCCAGCGAGGCCGGGAGAGGGGAAGGAGAAGCACGGGCCAAAAGGAGGACCCCGGCACGGGAAAGGCCACGGCCGACGCCCGCGGCCCCGGCCUCCGGCCCCCACCCCUCAAGGGAGGGGGGCCGAAAACACGGGCGCGGGCGGGGAGCACGAGCCGGCGGCACAGGCGGGAGCCCUGCCGGGCUUGGAGGAGGGUGGGGGGGACGGGGUACGCCAAGGGCGGGCCGAGCGCGGCACGGCGCACACGCACACGCACGCACGCGGGGAGGCGAGGGUGGGGGUUGGAGGGAGCACGGGCACGAAGCCGGGGCGGCGGGCGGGGCGGGGGAGAGGGGGGGCCGCGGGGCACGGUGGUCGCCCCCGACCGCCGGCCCUCGCCCCCCGCACACCCCCACCGCCACCGCCACCGCCCACGGGCACCGCCGCCCGGGCUCCUUCUCCUCCCCCUCCUUCACCGAAGCCCCCGCGAGCAACCGCCGCACGGCUGCGGGGCCGGGCGGCGGACGGCGUGGCGCGGCGCGGCGCGCCUGUCCUCCCUGGGCGACAACACCCCGUCGACCCCCCGACCCACCGCGGGCUCGGGGCACGCAGCGCGGCGUGGCCGCAACCCGGGGGAAAGCGCGCAGCGGCGGGCGGCGCCGCGGCGUCCCGCGGGCCGCCGCCGGGGCACGCGUCCCCGGGGCGCGGCCCCGCGCGCGACUCGGCCUCGGCGCGAGCCGCCCCGACAGGGCGAAGGCCGGGAUCGCCGGCGGGGAGGGAGGGGGCGGGCGCGGAUCCCGGACGCGAGGCGGUGGCCCGCGGAGCGGGGGGCCCCCACGGCCCGGACGACCGCGGCUCCCCGCCGGGGGCACGGCGGCGAGACCGACGGCGUUCCGGAACCGGGCCCUCCACCACGACGGGUCAACACCGGCGAGCGGCACGGGACCGCGACCCUCCCCCAACACACAACCCCGGGCGACCCCAAGACCGCGUGCGGCGCGAGGGAUCUCCCCCCAAGAGGAACCGCGGCGGCCACGGCCCUCAAGCGGGGCCAACCCCCGGAGGGGCGCCCCCCCCUGGCACAGCACAUUCCCCCAAAGGGGUGCCUCCGGCCGGCCAGUCAGAGACAAGCGAGACCAGACUCCGAGAAGGUCGGAAAGGUUGGACAACGGGGCAUCCGGCCACCGCGCCCCCCCCCAAGGCGAGGGGCGAAGCUCGGACAACCCCACAGGCGCCCAGGGGGUUCCCACCUAACCCCCCCACACCCACCGAGGCACACGGGGCACACGCACACGCACGGCCCGACGGGGCCGCCGGGCAGCCCCCUCCCGACGGCCGCGCAAAGACCGUGGCGUGGCGCAGCAACCCCAGCCCCGGGGGUGCGGUACCUGGACAGGGGGUGGGGGAACAGGCGAGGCAGGAGGGGGGGACACGAGGCCACAAGGCCACCCCGCCUCGACGCCGAUCCC